GUCCAAUAUUGAUGUACAGGUGUGCGUGUUUAUGAAUAACUUUGAGAUCCGGUUUCUAGGCUUGAUCAUAGUAAACCAUGUCAGUCAGUUUGAACAUUCGCCCUAGUUUUCAAAUAAUAGCACUGAUGGAAGCAAACACUGGGUGAGCUUCACAAUGACUGCGUAUGCAGCAUUUUCAUUAUUUGCAUUAUUUAGAAAAUACGACAGUAAUAUGAUAAGUGUAUAAAGUCCAAGCCAUUUGAGCUCACGAACCCCCUUCUGCCAGACUCGAACCCAGACACUUCCAUUCCUCCAGUGCGUCAUUUUGGAGAUUGCAGGAACAGACUUCCAUCUGAAUGGGUGGAAAGAAAUACCAUACACAUAAAUCAACAUAUUAUAUUGUUAUUUUCAGCACCUGUCUCGGAAACACAGAUAGAGUGCGGGAGGCGAGAGACGCUGCGGGGAUCCAACCAGGCCGAUAGUGCCACGAGCGGAGAGGGGGACACACCGAUGUCUGGGACCCCUUCCAGACCUGACACACGAGCAACACCUACACCCGCACAAAGAGACGCCCAGGCAGACGACGACCUCCGUGACGCCUGCAGGGAGGGGAAGCUGGCGGAGGUGAAGCGGAUCCUGGACACAGGUUGGACUAACAUCAACUGUAGAGGUGAGGUCGGGAUGACACCGGUGAUCUGGGCAGCACUGGGGGGACACAGGGAUGUGGUGGAGCACCUAGUGAGUCGAGGUGAUGAUGUGUCACUGGUGGACGAUAUGGGUAACAACAUCCUUCAUUGGGCCUGUAUGGGAGGAGACAGGAAGACAGUGGAGUUUGUCCUGUCUCUGGACGGGAUGGACAUCAACAGUAGAGGAGAGAGGAGAUGGACACCGGUGGUGUGGGCAGCAUGGCGGGGACACAGGGAUGUGGUGAAGCUCCUUGUGAGUCAAGAUGCUGAUGUGUCACUGGUGGACGAUGACGGUAACAAGAUCCUUCACUGGGCUUGUCUGGGAGGAGACAGGAAGACGGUGGAGUUUGUCCUGUCUCUGGACGGGGUGGACAUCAACGUCAGGAACAACAACGGGCAGACAGCGGCCGACGUGGCGAGAGGCAGGCCACAUCAUCAACUGUCGGAUCUCCUGGUGUCACGUGGUACACAGUGAAGUGAAUGUAGUGUUGAUGUAGACAGUGAUGGAGAACAUGUCGUUACUGACAUUGACGUGGUGUGUGCCGUUCACGUCGUCGCGUUGUUUAUAAUUCAGUAUGAAGGUGAGAAUAUUUGUUGUGUUUGAGGAGAAAUAAAACUUGUUGAGAACA